AUGCUAGUAGCUAUUGCCCGUGUGGUAGACAACAGGGCACUACUACACACCUUUGAAGGGCAGCCAGUGGGUGGAGGCACUGCAGGAUGCGUGUUGGCAGGAAGGUUGUCAGAGGUGGCAGGAUGGCGCGUGUUGCUGCUGGAGGCUGGAGGACCGCCACCCCUGGAGACUUACGUCCCGGGCUUCCAACCCAUCAGCUUCAGUCCGGGUUACAGAGAGAACUGGGGGUACAGUACCGUCCCUCAGAGGUACAGCUCCAAGAAUCUCGUCAACCAGACGGCCAAACAGCCCCAAGGGCGGGUACUGGGUGGCGGCUCCACAGUCAAUGGUAUGAUGCACACUAGAGGUAACAGGCGGGACUUUGACCAGUGGGCGGCCUUGGGGAACCCCGGCUGGGACUACCUCUGUUCUUCCCUACUUCAUCAAGGCCGAGGACUACCGCGUCUCCCCACCCAUACAGGUGACCUCAAGUACCUUCGCCUAUUACUCAUAUUUAUAAUGUUUUCAGGUUACACACAAGACCUCGGCGGUGGUGACAACAACCGGCACGAGUGUCAAGGCUUACCACGGACGAGGUGGGCCCGGCGUCACCCAGGCACCACCGCAGCCCUUCUCCGGGCCUUCAUACAGAGCGGCCUUGACCUGGGCUACUCCGUCAUCGACUACAACGGGCCAGAACAACUCGGUGAGUUGUUGAAGCCUCAGUAUCACCGACCUCCAGGUGAGUUGGAGGCCUCCAGUAUCACCGACCUCCAGGUGUUGAAGCCUCCAGUAUACCGACCUCCAGGUGAGUUGUUGAAGCCUCAGUAUCACCGACCUCCAGGUGAGUUGUUGAAGCCUCAGUAUCGACCUCCAGGUGAGUUGUUGAACCUCCAGUAUCACCGACCUCCAGGUGAGUUGAGCCUCAGUAUCACCGACCUCCAGAUUGUGUUCGACAACAACAAGAGAGCUGUUGGUGUCAAGUUUGAAACAUAA